CUUCUUUCCCUAUGUGCUUCCAUCCUCUUCACUCACUCACCUCCUCCAAAAUACUCUCCGCCGCUCCACCACCGCCGGCGGCGGCGCCCGCCAUGGAUUCCGAUCUACUCUUCCAAUAAACUCAGCCACGACUGACGUAUAAUUUUCUCAAUAACUCUCAGUGACGGACUGCCAUGGCUACGAUCUCCGCCUCCUCAACCCCAAUCAUUCCGGUCCUAAUCCUCCUCAUAUCCUUGCCGAUUCUCUUCUUCUUCUUAGCUCCCCGAAUCCUUCCGCCGAAGCAGAUUCCGAUCCUCCACACCGACGAGCUCGACGAUCUCUCCCUCUUCCACAAAGCAAUCGCCGCGGAUUCCGGAGACAUAACCGCUCCUCCUCGCUCCGGUCGCCUCCCCUCCGUCAGAUCUCGAUUCUCCGCCUCCGUCCGCCGCCCUAAGCUCGCGUUCCUGUUCCUCACGAACUCGAAUCUCCACUUCGCUCCUCUAUGGGAACGCUUCUUCGCCAAUGCCAGUAGCCACCACUACAACAUCUACAUCCACGCCGAUCCGUUCGUCAGAAUCUCUCCAUUCGAAGGCGUGUUCGCCGGUAAAUCCAUUCCUUCCCGCCGAACUCAAAGGUCUUCCGCCACUCUCAUCUCCGCCGCGCGCCGCCUCCUCGCGACGGCGAUGCUCGACGAUCCCUCCAACGCCUACUUCGCCCUAAUCUCCCAGCACUGCAUCCCCCUCCACUCCUUCAAUUACUUCUACAAUUUCCUAUUCGACCUCCGCAGAUUGGGCAAGGCUAUGGAGUUUCCUAGUUACAUUGAGAUCCUCGACGAUCAGCCAUUCCUAUGGGACAGGUACAAUGCUAGGGGGAAGAAUGUGAUGCUUCCGGAGGUCAGUUUCGACGAAUUUCGAGUAGGUUCACAGUUCUUCGUGAUGACCAGAAAGCACUCAUUGAUGGUUAUCAAGGAUCGGAAGCUAUGGCAGAAAUUCAAGCUUCCUUGUUUCAACAUCCAAUCUUGCUAUCCAGAGGAGCAUUAUUUCCCUACAUUGUUGUCGAUGCAGGAUCCCGAGGCGUGUACACGAUACACCUUGACGAGGGUGAAUUGGACCGACAGUGUGGACGGUCAUCCGCACACUUAUCACCCUAUUGAGGUGUCCCCUAAGCUGAUUUACGAGCUUAGGGAAUCAAAUUCUAGUUAUUCGUACAUGCUUGCGAGGAAGUUCUCACCGGAUUGCUUGAAUCCAUUGAUGGAGAUGGCGGAUUCGGUUAUCUUCAAGGAUUGAUCGAUCCAUCGAUCGACAUUGAUGAAUCAGAAGAAGAAAUUGACAAGGUAAACUCCGAGGGGGUUGUAGCAAGAAGGCUCCGAAACCUUUUUGAACCCGAAAACGGAGCCUUAAACCAGCUCAAGCAAUUGUGGAGCUGUUACAAUGUUUAGGAUUCCUUCCCACAGUGCAAAAACUGUGCUUUUUGAGGUAUACUCUAUUCCUCAGUCAUCAUAUUCUCUCAUCUCAUGGCGGGCUCAUAUUCGACCACCCGAAAACAAAAUGAGUGGUCUGAAAUGUUGGUAGGUUGGGUGGGUGGGUGGUUUUUGGACCCUCUAGUUUAUUUUGUACAUAUCUAAGGAUGGAUCAUCAUCUUGUAUGGGAAAUAGAAUCAUUAUUCUUGGCUAGGCAUAAAUGGCUACACAAUUUGUUGUGCUGUUGCCUUUGAUGAUUUGAGGGAACUUUUUUUGUUACCAAUCUAUUAUUCAUCUUGAGUUGCUCCUGAAGAGUUUUACAAGUGGGAUCUAAUUUUUCUGUAAAUUCAUGGUUUCUACUUAUGUGGUUAAUUAUUUUGAUAAUGGAAACCCGCAGCCGCUACUCGACGAGCGUGCUUUGGGUAAAUUCCGACUGAACUUAAUAGCCUGUAAACUAAGUUCAACGAGUAUUGUUGUUAAUUUUGCCUAAGUAGAAUGGUGGUGGUGGUGUUUGUUAGAACGAAUUUUAAACAAAAGAGACAAAAAGGCAUAUAUCUCUUUUUCU